UCAAACAUCUGUCAUCUCUGAAAACUUGAAAAGUGAAUAGUGUGGUGAAUAGGUGAAUACAGCUGUAAUAAAAAAACCCGGCUGCUUGCAAUUUGUUUUGAAAAAACUAAAUUUCUUUACCAAAUCCUUAACUCAAUUUAAACUCACAAGUAACAAUACGAAAAUGGUGCGUGUGAUAACUCAAGAGACAUACGAUGAAGUCGUUAAGGAAAACAUAGAAGAAUUCGAUUUGAGUCCAGAAGAAGCAGUUAAAGAGGCUGUGGCACAAUUUGAAGCUCAGGGUGUGGACCUCUCUAACAUAAUCAAAGAUCUAGUGCUAAGUUCAAGUGAUAACCACCUGGUUGUGUCUGCUGUGGAGAAACUAAAGGAGCUUUCCAAUACAAAUGAUGUGGACGACAGUCUAAUAAUAAAAGAGUUAGAUAUUUUGGUGGCAGAAUGCAAUAAAGACAUAGCACACAGACUGAGAGCGGGUAAAGAAGGUGCCUACAACACUCUAAUAGAUCUUUUGGAAGUGAAACUCAAAGUAUACAGCCAAGAACAGAACAAAUAUAAUGAAUCUCUAGUUGUGAAGACUUUGAAUAGUUUAAUAGCUUUGAUGGAGAUGCAGCCGGAUUUACUUGAUGAAAGAGGCACAAAUAUUAUUAAAAGUACACUAGAUAGUAUAGAAAACGAAUCAAUAUUAAUAUCAACCUUACAGUGGAUAAGUGUUUGUUGCAUUAAACAUGAAAUUAAUCGUCAAAAACUGUUUGAUAAAAACAUAAGCAACAACCUGAAAAAGCUACUAAUGAGGAAAAGAAAUAAGAAGUUACUCAGUGAAACACUUCAAGUUAUAAGAAGAUUUACACUUGACGAUGACAUUCGAGUUGAGUUUGGAAAGGCACAUGAACAUGCAAGAGAUUUGGGCCUUAAUUUGUUAGAAACACUCACUAAGUUGUUAAAAGAAAACACAGAAGCACCAAUUGUGUCACAGCUGAUGUUAACGAUGUCCACUCUACUGGUGCGCCACGAGCUGUGUGCGCAGGCGUACGAGGACGUGCUCUACACCAUCCUGGCCGAUAACUACGACAAUGUGACGGUCAUACUGCAGGCCAGCAAGCUUAUAACGGCGUUGGCAGGCAACGAUGACGUCAAACGGCAACUCGUCAAAAGUGGGAUUGUGCCUAUCAUCGUUUCCCUUCUCAGAAGACAUUCCAACAAUGCAACAGCGGCGUCUUUAAUACUAAAAUGCAUAUCGGCGCUGAGCCUGCGCGAAGUGGAGCACGGGAGAUUGUUCCUGGAGAGCGGCGUAGCGGACGUCAUCGUGGAGUGCCUCACCGUGCACGCGGAUGACGCGAGUGUUCAGAAAAACGGUUGUUGGGCCAUCCGCAACAUGGUAGCCAGGCACAAGGAGCACAACCCCAAAUUUCACGAGCUGGGUAUCGAAGCCGUGCUCAACCAAAGCUACGGGAAAUUCGGAAAAGAUUUCGGCUUCGAUAUCAAAUCUGCGUUGAGGGAUUUGGAUUGCGAUGUGAAGUUAGACGAACAGUGGACAGGGAAAGGGGUGCAGAUGGAAAAGUAAAUGUGCUUACAUAAUGUUAUUACUAUGCACAGUAAGCUUUCACAUGCCACUCGCUAGUACGUGGUCCUAACACUAAAAUUAGACAGCUGUAAUGUGAUGAUUGAAUAAUCUAAAUACAGUUUUGGCAUAAUAUUACAAAUUGAGCUAAUUACAAGAAUUAUGGCGAUUAUCAUGUAUUUAUACCUGCUAUUACUAAUAUAUUUUAUAGGAAAACAGGGCCCGUUUACAUACGAAGUGCUUUCUUGAGUAGGCCGAAGUUUAAAAAUAUUUGCUUUAGGAAACAAUUCUAGAUUUUAGAUUAACAGUAACACCCCUUCUAUUUUUCUCUGCUGCAAACCACAAGAGUAUCCGUCCUCUAAAGUUUAUCACUCUACACACUGUCUGUCUGUCUAUAUAUUUAUAAAGCCGGCUCUACUCGCACGCGAAGUCGCGCCGUUGUUUCACGCCGUGAAUGCAUGCUGCGAUCCACGCGUGAACUGUGUCCUUCCACUCGCAAAUCUUCAGUCUUGUUCGUGACGUUGACGAUGGUUCACGUUCGCGCGCCGCAAACCCUUUGUCGCGGACCAAAAAACCGACACGCGAAGGCGUGAACUCGUGUUUCGCAGCUGUCGCGGGCAUUCGCGGCCGUUCGCGCCGCGAGUGUAGAGCCCGCUUAUUUGAUUGGUUAACUAAGCUAAAUACGCCUCCGCCGCGCUACACUACGAGUUAGUGUGCCUGUCCGACGAAGUGAAACGUAGCGAUGGCGAGUUCAAUGACCAAAAUAUGACGUUAUAAGAUUUAUUACUUGAAUAAUCCGAUUGGUUUGCUAAACACGUCCAUGACAUUUUAAUUUGAUCACGUAAUAAUAAUGUGGUUGGUCCGCCGAACACAUCUCCAAACCGCUCUGCUUCAGUGGACAUCCACAGUGGACAAGCUGGUGCGUUGAGUUAGUAUGACAACAGUGCAAUAUGCCGACAAGGUUUAAAAUUAAAUACUGACUGUAUUCUGUAAUUUAAUAAAAAAAUAAAACUGCCAUUUAAAAAUAUUAUUAUUUAUUGCAAU